UAUACAGGCAGCUGUGGUGAUGGUGAUGUCACUGCUGAGGUGUUUUCUGUUCUUCUUCUCAUUCAAUGAAUUGACCACAGCAGCAGAAGCCAUUGUCUGGGUGAAGACUGGGGAGAAGUUUACCAUGAAGUGCUCCACCACUCUAAAAGACCAGGAUGGAAUGUACCUGUAUGUUGGGCUGGACAGGGAGGUGUUGUAUUACCACCAGCGUGACUCCAAGCUGACCCCCAGGAAAGGCUACUGGGACAGAGUGAAGACUGAGGGACCUGUGGACCAACUGACCAUCACCGUCAGUAACCUGACCAUAGAGGACACAGGAGUCUACUGCUGUGUUUACACAACAUUCAAUGAAGCCACGUAUGAAAAUGAUAUGAACCAAGGAAAUGGCUCCACUCUGGUCGUGGUGAAUGACGAUGUCUUACAGCUGCCAUGUCCUACAGCUACUGUAGUAACGCUGACCCCCUUUAACCCAGCCAAUGAGAAGCCGUGCCCAUCUGGCGUGGUAAACAUCAUCACCAUCACCAGCCUCUUGACCAUCCUGAUGUGUGCUGUCAUCUUCCUCAUCUGGCUCCCUCCACAGGUGAAGAGGUGCCGUAAACAGGGGGGAUCCACACCCCAGGUCAUUCCUGAGAGUGUCUAUGAAGCCAUGGCCAGGAAUCACACUUGUCCACCUGACACACAGGUAGAAUCGUACCUCUAUUCUGUGUCUUCCAAAGGAGGAAGUAGGACCACUGAGUAGCUUCUUCAAAUGUUUUUUUUUCUUCUGAAUAUUGCUUCUUUGCUUUCUCAGGAUUGAACCGCCUGUUCUGCUGUAUUUCAUAGUUCUAACCUCAAUGCAAGUCUUAGUGGUAAAUUGUUUGUGUGUGUCGCACCAUAACAUGCUUAUGUGUGUGAAUAAAAAUCUCUAUAUGGAAAGUAUUGGUAUUUCAACAGAAGACCAGCGGGAAGGAGGGAACAGCCAAUGUUAUAUUCCAGGGCUAUUCACCUAUAUUCUUACGAGGGCCAGAUGUAA